AUAAGCGGCUAAGAUUUGUAUUAAUUGAAGGAGAGCCUGGCAUAGGAAAGAGCACAUUAGCUAAAGAGCUAACGUUGCGAUGGGUUAGACAAACAGAUGAAUAUUUAACAUAUUAUAGAAUUGUUAUUUUAAUUCCACUGCGUCUUGAAACUAAUCAAAAAGCUAAAACCAUUGAAGACCUUCUCAUUGAUGGUGAAGAUAUUGAUGAGACUGCAGUAAUGUUAUCAAUUAAUGAAACAAAAGGAGCAGGUGUUCUUUGGAUAUUAGAUGGUUUUGAUGAGCUUCCACAUCAUUUGAGAACCAGUGUAAGUUCAAUAUUUAUCAAACUUAUAAAAGGAGACAUUCUUCCCAAGUCAACAGUGAUAGUUACAAGCAGACAUGCUGCCACUGAUCCUUUGCUUACCUUUUUAGAAGAUGACUCAAAACAUAUUGCUCUUAGAGGCUUUGGUCCUAAUGAAACCAUACAAUAUGCUUUCAGAUAUUUUCAAGAUAGAGAAAUACUUCAAGAAUUUUAUUCUUAUUACAGAGGUAAUACUAUGAUUGAAAAUAUGCUGUACAAUCCAAUGACCUGCUUCAUUAUGUGUACAGUAUUUAAUGAGUUUAUACUUACUAAUAAUACAAAAUACCCGACAACAAUGACCGGAGUUUAUAAUUACUAUGUCCGUGCAUUACUCAAGCGACACCUCAUUGAUGCUAAAGAAAUUGAUAUAAACUAG